CAUUUAGUAUUUAUUUAUAGCCGACGAAGAAGCCAUCUCUCUGUCCAAAAGAAGAAACAGAGUCUGCUUUUAAAAACAGAGUGCUACCCUUCUCCUUUCAUGCACCACAAUUCCCCUUCUUCAUUUCUUCUAAUAUUUCAAUGAAUUCUUCUUUCUUUCACUCCCAAAACUCCGAUCUCUCACCCCAAUCUUCCUUUAGCUCCUUUGAAUCCCUCCCAUGGGAAGGUUUUCAAAUCAACGAUGACUCUCUCCCAUUCAACCAGAAUGAUUCCGGCGAAAUGCUUCUUCACAGCUUAAUCUCCGAGGCCUAUGUGGACCCACCGGAGAAUUCCCCUCGCCAGGUUCCCAUCAAAGACGAGGAGGUCGAUUCGCUCGGAGAAGAAGACCCCCACAAGAGAAAGUCCUACAGAGGGGUCCGCCGACGACCCUGGGGAAAAUUCGCGGCGGAGAUACGAGACUCAACCCGACAUGGGGUCAGGGUUUGGCUCGGGACAUUCGACAGUGCCGAGGCGGCCGCUUUGGCCUACGAUCAAGCAGCUUUUUCGAUGAGAGGUUCCGCCGCCGUUCUUAAUUUUCCGGUGGAAAGAGUUCAGGAAUCGCUGAAGGAGAUGGAGAUGAUCAACUCCGCGGCUGAGGGGGGCGACGGUGGAUCUCCGGUGGUGGCUUUGAAGAGAAAACAUUCGAUGAGGAAGAAAUUCACGAGAAGAAAGAGCAAAGAGAUAGAUGGGAUUGGGAAGAGUGAGAAUAAUGUGGUUGUUUUGGAAGAUCUUGGCUCUGAUUAUUUGGAAGAACUUUUGGAGUCAUCCGAGAAUGUCCGACCGUGGUAGAAUAUGUCAGGGUCUAAAAAGUAAAAAAAGUUCCGCCAUUUUUGUGUUGAGGACCAAGGAAUUAUUUUAGAAGCUACAGCUACAACAAUGGUUUGAUAAAUUUCGACCGAAACAGACUAUUAGUUCAAAAGAAGCAACUACAUUGCGAAGGGCCAUAAUGAAGUUGUCAUUGUGUGGCCUUGUUUAUAACUUUAUAGCUUUGAAACAUAGAUAUAUAACCCUAGAUUAUUGCCAUUGUGGCUUUCAAGAUUUUGCAUCAAUUUUUCCUUGCCUUUUUUAAGCAAGAGAAAAAUAUAUCAACAAUCUUGGUUUUUCUUUUUUUCUUUUUUUUUUCUUUUGUGUUAUUAAUGUAUAAAUUAUGGUUUGCUUCAUCUAGGUAUAUAAUAUCUUUGUUCUUUUCUAUAAAUUUUUAUAUGAAAGACUCAAAGGUGUAAGGUUGAAUA